UCUAGGAAGAUGUCUUUUAUUUGGGGGAACUGAUUACAUAGCCGAAGAAGCUCGCACUAUAAAAGAUGUUUAUCAGCACAGUCUCUUCAUACACUCUCCAAUUGUCUUACCAACAUGAAGUACCUCGUGGUGAUAACCACAACUCUACUUGCUCUUGCCAACGCAAAGCCACAGUACAACUACCCAGCACCGCAACGCCCUCAAAUACCAAGUGGUAGUUAUGGUGUCCCGGGAGGCGGUAUAGGCAUCACCGGAGGUGGAGGCUUCAUUGGAGGAUCCACAGGAGGUGGUUUCAUUGGAGGAGGCAGCAUUGGAGGAGGUAAUAUCGGAGGAGGAAGUAUCGGAGGAGGUUUCAUCAGCGGAGGAGGUAGCAUUGGAGGUGGUUCAUUUGGAGGUGGCUCAAUUGGAGGUGGUUCAUUUGGAGGUGGUUCCAUUGGGGGUGGCUCAAUUGGAGGUGGUUCCAUUGGAGGUGGCCUCAUCAGCGGAGGAGGUUCCAUCGGUGGUGGAUCAAUUGGAGGAGGAGCCAUUGGAGGCGGUGGCGUUCUCGUACAGAAGCACAUCUACGUUCAUGUAGCCCCACCAGAACCUGAAGAAUUCAGACCACAAAGGCCAAUUUCUGUCGGACAAGCCACCAAACACUACAAAAUCAUCUUCAUCAAGGCACCAACUCCACCCACCCCAACCGCUGCAUCUAUUGCUCUUCAACAACAGAACGAAGAGAAGACUCUCGUUUACGUUUUGGUCAAGAAACCCGAAGAAGCUCCAGAGAUCAGCAUCCCAACUGCUGCCCCAACUCAACCCUCAAAACCAGAAGUAUACUUCAUCCGUUACAAGACCCAAAAGGAAACCACUGGAGGUGGUGCUAUUGGCGGAGGUUCUAUUGGUGGAGGUUCCAUUGGAGGUGGUUCUAUUGGAGGAGGUUCCAUUGGAGGUGGUUCAAUUGGAGGAGGUUCAAUUGGAGGUGGCUCUAUUGGAGGAGGAAUAAUUGGAGGAGGCUCUAUUGGAGGUGGAAUAAUUGGAGGAGGCUCUAUUGGAGGUGGAUCCAUAGGAAUCACAACUGGCACUGGAAGUUCGACAAUUGGAGGUGGAAGACCAUCGACGAGCUAUGGACCCCCAGGUCACAGUGGACCUUAUUAAGAUGAGAUUUUUUGAAGUUUAGUUUAUUGUAAAUAAGCCCACAGAUGUAUAUUUUUAUAUUUAUACGUAAGAUUGACUAGAUGCAUAAGAAAAUUAUGGUGACAAAUGAAAUAUAAUAUUCAUGUUUCUUUA